UAAACAUCCCUUUCGUUUUAUGUCGAUUAUCGAUUAUACAAUAUUAAUAUUUAAUAGAAAUUUUAUUACAGUUUUUAGAUUUUACAAUGUAUAAAGUUCAAAAUAUAAAAGCGCUCGAUGGCUUUGUAGAUAUCAUUCAUGUCAUGUCAAAACAUUAUUCAAAUUGUAAAUUUGAAAAAAGACGUCAUGACGUCAAGUUUAAAGGUUAGUGCUGUGAAUACCUUUAAAGUAUGCGAUCGUAUAAAACUUUCUACAAGAAAAGUUUCUUUACAGUAGAGCGUUUAGCGUAUGUUUAGUUAAAUUUGAAAUUGUUUUAUGAUCAUUAUCUUAGUUAACCUAUUACUUGUGUAUAUACAUCAUACAUUUUAGAAAAAAAAUUUGAUGUGUAAAGUAUUGUAUGUGUCAAUUUUGAAAAAUAUUUCUGAACAGUUCACUGUAGUGAUGGCUAAAAUGUUAAAAAAUCUAUCUUCUGCUACAUGUCACUUAAAAUCUACGGUAAAAAAUGUUGGUAGUACACAAGCAGCUCCUUUGCAGCAAGCUGCUUUAGAAGAACGUUGCAUCUUGGUUGAUGCAUUAGAUAAACCUCUUGGUAAAGCAACAAAACGAGACUGUCAUACAGUUAAUUCUGAUGGCCAAGUUCCUCUUCAUAGAGCGUUUAGUGUUUUUUUGUUUAAUGGAAAAGGAGAAUUGUUACUUCAAAAGCGAUCUGCCAAUAAGAUAACAUUUCCAAACCAUUACACAAACACGUGUUGUAGUCAUCCAUUGGCUGAAAUUUCUGAAGAAACAGAAGAGCAUGAAGCAAUUGGAAUACGUAGAGCAGCACAAAGAAGACUUAAUUAUGAAUUAGGAAUCCCCUUGUCUCAAAUUCUUUUAUCAGAUUUUCUGUAUCUAACAAGAAUUCAUUAUCAUGCAGUGAAUGGAUACUGGGGUGAACAUGAAAUAGAUUAUGUGCUAUUUAUGCAGAAGGAUAAUAUUAUAUUAAAUCCAAAUUCAGAUGAAAUUAGCGAACUUCGUUGGGUGUCACAAUCUGAGAUUAAUGACUUUGUGAAAAAUCUUAAUUCUCCAUUGAGUCCUUGGUUUGAAUUAAUUCUUAAACAUAAAUUGCCACUUUGGUGGAAUAAUUUACACGCACUGGAAAAAAUGCAAGAUCAUAAUACGAUUCAAAGAUUUGUAUAAAAUUUUUAUAAACUGAAAAUAGAUAUAAUAAAGUUAAAUCAAGAUUUUGUGUUUAA